ACUUUUUCGCCGUGGAAUCCAGACCCCAUCAUCCCAUCUUCUCCUCUGUCUAAAUUCCGAGAAAACGAUACGCUAAAUUCGAUCCCUUUCCCUUCGCUCUUAAAUUUGCAGUCUCCACGAAAGCGAGACACUGAAAAGAAACACAACACCAAAAUCUUCCGAUUUUCAACUGAUUUUCAUUUCCCUUUUUGUUUUUUCCCCAAAUAUGGAUAAUCCCAGCUGAUUUCCGUUACCUCUCGGAUCACGAACGACGAGGGCUCCGUCGGAAUUCGCCGCCGGAACCGGCUGCGUUUCGGCUUCGACAAUUUUCCGGCGACUUGUUUCGGCUUUUUUCCCCGAGUUAUGCAUAGAUCUGGACCGGCCAUGGCUUGGAAUGUCUUCAAGUUCUGUACGGCCUUGCGAGGUCUUGGUUCGAUCAUGAUCCUUUUGGUUCUUGGGGUUGUCGGCGUCACCUAUUACGCCGUCGUUUUGACCAACUACGGCCCCGCCCUCUACGACGGCGGCCUCGAUUCUCUCAUUGCUCUCGCCGUUUUGAUCUCCUUCCAUUGUUUGUUGGUGAUGCUGUUAUGGAGUUACUUUUCUGUUGUUUUGACUGAUCCGGGAAGUGUUCCGCCCAAUUGGAGACCUGCUGUUGAUGAAGAACGAGCAGAAGGCGACCCGUUGAAUACAAUGGAGUUUAGCAUUUUGCAUCCCGAACUAUCGAAUCAAAGAAUACGAUAUUGUCGAAAAUGCAAUCACCUGAAACCACCACGCUGCCAUCAUUGUUCUGUUUGUGGGCGAUGCGUACUGAAGAUGGACCAUCAUUGCGUGUGGGUCGUUAAUUGUGUAGGGGCUCUGAAUUACAAAUACUUCCUUUUGUUUCUGCUGUACACAUUUCUAGAGACGAGUGUCGUGACUUUGUCGUUGUUACCGCACUUUAUUGCAUUCUUCAGUGAAGGAGAGAUACCUGGAACACCCAGUACCCUCGCUACGACCUUUAUCGCCUUUGUCUUGAAUCUGGCAUUUGCGUUGAGUGUUAUGGGGUUCCUGAUCAUGCACAUAUCUCUGGUGGCUGCAAAUACUACAACAAUUGAGGCUUAUGAGAAAAAAACGACUCCUAAAUGGCGUUACGACCUUGGUCGGAGAAGAAACUUUGAACAGGUAUUUGGGAUGGACAAGCGCUACUGGUUGAUCCCAGCUUAUUCAGAUGAAGAUUUGCGACGAAUGCCAGCGCUUCAAGGUCUCGAAUACCCAUCGAAGCCUGAGUUAGAAUCACAGGAGUUUUAGGAAGCCCUCAAGCAAACCCAGCAACUUUGCCGUCGUGCAAGGGAAAAUGUGGAAUCCCCAGCCGAACCCCAAACACGAUCUUCAGCCAUCUCUCUAAAAUAACAUCUUGAUCUUACUGCUAAUUCUAGCUCAACUGCAUUCUUCGUCCCCACUGGCUGAGGGAGAGGGAGAGGUGUCUCAUAUAAUGAAGCCGAUCGACGUGCGUAAUGUGAACAGGUUUUAAAGUAGUAGGGUUAACUUGAGUUUGUUACUUGUUCUGAAAUAACGUAUUUUCGGGAUGGCCGGAGAACCUUGGGAUAUCAAUGGGGAAAUGGCAAAUGUUUUCAAGUGUUACAUACUUUUUGCUGUAACCCUUUGUUUCUAUAGUUGAUGAUACCAUAGGUGACGGGCAAUCUCUGCUCCAGCCUUGCCUUCUCUUGUUUUGCUCUUUCUCAAAGUUGUAAGCAUUCUGUUUGGGUCGCGAAUCCCACCAAAAAAAAAAAAAAAAAAAAGAAGUUGAAUUACCAUUUCAA